GAGGUUGUUGUGGGAGCGGCGGCGGCGGCUUCGGCGUCGAGCCCUCCCUGGGAGAGUCCGCACCCCCCGGCUCGAGGGUCGGCGGCCGUUAACAGGCCCGCCCGCCCGCCGGCUGGGGACAGGCCGCCACGAUGUCCAUUUUCACGCCCACCAACCAGAUCCGCCUGACGAACGUGGCCGUGGUGCGCAUGAAGCGCGCGGGGAAGCGCUUUGAGAUCGCCUGCUACAAGAACAAGGUCGUGGGCUGGCGCAGUGGCGUGGAAAAAGAUCUUGAUGAAGUUUUGCAGACACAUUCUGUGUUUGUAAAUGUUUCUAAAGGUCAGGUUGCUAAAAAGGAAGACCUUAUCAGUGCUUUUGGAACAGAUGACCAGACUGAAAUCUGUAAGCAGAUUUUAACAAAAGGAGAAGUACAGGUGUCAGAUAAAGAACGACACACACAGCUGGAGCAGAUGUUUAGGGAUAUUGCAACAAUUGUAGCAGAUAAAUGUGUAAAUCCUGAAACAAAGAGGCCAUACACUGUCAUCCUCAUUGAAAGAGCAAUGAAGGAUAUCCACUAUUCCGUCAAACCCAACAAGAGUACAAAACAGCAGGCCUUGGAGGUCAUAAAACAGUUGAAGGAAAACAUGAAGAUUGAACGAGCCCAUAUGAGGCUUCGGUUCAUUUUACCUGUGAGGGAGGGGAAGAAGCUAAAAGAAAAACUCAAACCAUUAAUCAAGGUGAUAGAAAGUGAAGACUUUGGUGAACAGUUAGAAAUCGUGUGUCUAAUUGACCCUGGCUGCUUUAGAGAAAUCGAUGAGCUGAUACAGAGGGAGACAAAAGGAAAAGGUUCUUUGGAAGUUCUCAGCUUGAAAGACGUGGAAGAAGGCGAUGAGAAAUUUGAAUGAAAGCUUUUCAACGUCUUUUCACUUAUAAACACAACACUAAAAGGUGUUCUCACUUCCUUUCAUCACUGUUAACUACUGUGGGUUUUUUUUUUUUUUUCUUUUGCCAAAUACUUGCUCGGACUGAUUAAUUUGAGGUUUUCAUUCCAGGAUAUCUGUUAACUAAACAAGUUGCUUGUAUACAGAAUAUUCAGUACAAAAAUCCUAAUAUGGGAUAAAUGCAUCCUAGCUGUCAAAUUGGGCUACUAAUAUUAAAAGAACCAGGGUGAACUUCCUGUUUUGCAUUCUGCCUGGGUAUCUGGGCUCUCUGUGUCAUCUUAAUUUUGACAAUGGUCAUUCUUUGUUAACUUUGUCUCAAAGGUUACACUAAAAAUUCAUGCUUUAGAAACGUCCCUUGACUGAAAUGGAAUUUGUGCAAAAAAUGCAAGCCUGCAACAUUUUUACAUGACAGAAUUCGAGUAAUUUUAAUUUGGCCUAAUAUUAAGUUGGGUAUGGUAAUUUCCCAACUGACACUGCUUUUUUUGUGUGUAUGUGUCUAAUACAUACAGUUUACUAGGAGUCCAUCAGUAUUUUCAUUUAGUAAACAUGCUGCCAAAAUAUAAAAGACUUUGGUUAAAAAAAAAAUAAGUCAUUCAUGAUAAUUUUUAAAUUUUAUAAUAUAUGUUAAUACAAAUGAAGUUAUAUGUAACAAAUAAAACCUCUAUUAUUUUUAUUAAACAAUGGCCUGUGUGUUUGUAAAUAAUAUCUUCCCAUUUUUGCCAGUUUUACAUUCUGUGUGAUGUAGGACUGAGAAAUAACAUGCCUUCUUUUGGACUUACAAAAGAAAGUUUAUUUAAUACAAACAUCCCAAUGAAUGGGCUUCAUUUUUUUUAAAGGCAAACUCCUAAAAGAGGUUAAAUUAUAGAAAAUAAACUAGCUUAACACAACAGAGAUGUAUUUUAGCAAAACAAUAUUUUUCCUUAGAAAUUAAGUUUAAAAAACCAGAAAAUAAAUAAAUUCCCCUGUAAAUAAGUCCUAUAUCCAAGCCUUAGUUACUUCUAAUCAUUAGAGAACUCAGCCCUAAUCAUGUACAGAUGUCCUGAUAAUUGGGUCUUUUUCAAAUACAAACAUAUCCCACGCCUAAAUUAUUUUAUGCCAGAAUUGUUUAUUUCAAGUUUUGCAUUCUUUCUAGUACAAUACAAUAUUAUUAUGGCUUAAUAUGUAUGGAAAGGAAUAUUAAUGAUGGUAUUUGACACGCGCAAAGAGGGCCCAACAAGUUGAAAUCAACUUUACUGUUCUAUCCAAGAUUUUUUUGUAAUCAGUUUAGUUUGCCUAUAAAGCUUAUCAAAUGAUGUAGUUGGCAUUAAAUGCAUUUAUCGUUAA